GAGAGGCAGUUUCAUCUCGAGGAAGUUUGACAACACAAAAGAAACAGAACCAAGAAAAGACUGCGACAAAAGGAGGAUGGGGGCUGUGCAAUACUUCCUAGCUGUGAUAUUAUCUGUGCAGUUGGUGUUCAGCUUUCCCACGCAGACAAUCAGGAGCUACAAGGAGGGAGAAAGAAAGUGUAAUGAAUGCCCUGCAGGUGAGUUUCAGAAGUCUUGUACCGAGUGCACACCCUGUCCUCCUGGAAGGUACACCGAUGUUUGGAAUCGCGAGCAUAACUGCCACAGAUGCUUUAGAGACUGCAGUCCAGAGAAUCAUAUGAAAGUGGUUCAGAACUGCACAAGUAAAACCCCCUUGAUCUGUGCUUGUGAGACUGGUUACAGAUGCAUUGGAAAAGAAGAGCAUUACUGCAAGAAAUGUGAAAAAGAGGUGGACACAACAGCCUCAGCCGAUGGGUUACAGACUUCCUCAGCUCAGACUAAACCUUGUAGCGCCCCAUGGUGUGGACCUUCAGCUUCCCCAACUACCUCUGAUCCCAAACCAGUAAAAGCUGAGCUGGCAGCCAUUUUGGUCUCGGUGGUCUUCAUAGUAUGCUUGGUUCUUAUGAUCCUGUUCUGCAUCAAUCAGCCCCGAGAGGAAACAUGUUUCAGACAAAUUAUUGCAAAGAUGUGUAAUGAGGAAGGUGUAAAUGCCACCCACAAGGCAAAGGAGUCGUCGCAUCAUAUCCCAAGAAACUUUAGUGCGAAGCAGCAGACAACGCCUCUUUCAGCUGCAAAUCUGGUACAUGUCCACAACCCGAGUACAGUUAUCUUCAGCUUUCUUACGGGUUUGAACGGGUCGACGGCUCCGGGCAGGAAGAGAGCUGAGACGGCCAGCAUCGCAGAAGAAGACGAGAGAGACUGUCCCGUGUUUCAUCCCAUGCCUUCUCCAAGUGUUCACCUCUCCGAAGAAGAGGGGAGAGGCGAGACGGAGGACAUUUUCUUCCCCUCCCAGGAGCAGGGCAAAGACUACCAUAUGUCAAAGGAGGAGGUGCUGUAAUCCAAGAAAUUGUGGUGGACAAACCUUAACCCUGGACUUCUUUGAAGAAGGAUUAUAAAACAUUGAAAAUACAAUUUUAGGCAAACAACAAGAUGCAUCUUUUGCCAAACUGUGAGUUUGUUUUACAAUUGUGUUUUUCAUCUGGAUCCACAUCCUGCCCUUACUUUGAUGAAAAGCAGAAAUGGUCUCAUGUCAGCCAUUUAUUAUUUAAGAAAUCUUGUAAAUGUUGUACAUAUUAUGUGAGGUAUGCUUUUAAAAGUAA